AUGGCGAGUACAAAUAAUGUGACUGAGUUAAUUAUCACUGGUCUCCAGGAUCCAGAAGUGCAGAGAGUGUGCUUUGUGGUGUUUCUUGCUGUGUACCUGACCACAGUGAUGGGCAAUGGCCUCAUUGUUGUGACGGUCAGUGUCAGUAAGAGUCUGCAUUCUCCCAUGUACUUCUUCCUUAGCUACCUGUCCCUGGUGGAGAUCAGCUACUCCUCUACUAUUGUCCCUAAAUUCAUCUCAGACUUACUUGCCAAGAUUAAAACCAUCUCCCUGGAGGGCUGUGUGGCUCAGAUAUUCUUCUUCCACUUCUUUGGUGUGACUGAGAUCUUCCUGCUCACGGUAAUGGCCUAUGACCGCUAUGUGGCCAUCUGCAAACCCCUUCACUACACAACUAUCAUGAGCCGGACUGCAUGUCACCUUCUGGUGGCUGGCUCCUGGCUUGGGGGCUUUUUUCACUCCAUGGUUCAGAUCAUUGUCACUCUUCAAUUGCCCUUUUGUGGUCCCAAUGUGAUUGACCACUACUUCUGUGACCUCCAUCCCUUAUUCAAGCUUGCCUGCACUGACACUACUGUGGAGGGGAUAAUUGUGUUUGUCAACAGUGGAUUAUUCUCUAUCUUCUCCUUCCUCCUCCUGGUGUCCUCCUAUAUCAUCAUCCUGAUCAAUUUGAGGAACCAUUCUGCAGAGGGGCGGCGCAAAGCCCUCUCCAGCUGUGCUUCUCACAUCACCGUGGUUGUCUUGUUCUUUGGGCCCUGCACCUUCAUCUACCUGAGGCCUUCCACCACCCUGACUGUGGACAAGAUGGUGGCCGUGUUCUACACAGUGAUCACCCCGCUCCUGAACCCUGUCAUCUACUCCCUGAGAAAUGCAGAAAUGAAGAGAGCCAUGAAGAGGCUGUGGAUCAGGACAAUGAAACUAGAAGAGAAAUAG